GAGUACGCUCAUCGGUUCGGCACCAUACGCGCGCACGCUGCACGAAACGUCCACCUGCUUAUGCUCUCGUCCGCCGGUGGUUAGUUACCGUCGCACACUCGAACCGUACGCACAGUGCAUCUACCUGUUCCGUUCGGCGAUCAGGUGAAGAAUAGAAUCUGUAACGAACCGGUCGGGAAGUGUACAAUAGGCCACGAACGAGAUGCCUUCCGCACGUGGUUGUGUGCAAGUAGCGGUGCCGGUAAUUAUCAUCGUCUUGUGCAUGCUACAUUCUAGCGCGGCUCAGUAUCAAAACCCAUGCCGGACACCAGACCAGAAGGGAGGGAUCUGCGUAACGGUGGCACAGUGUCCACUGGUCAGGCGUCUGCUGAAUCAACCGCUUCUAACAGCGAACAUCGUACGCUUUCUCGAAGCCAGCCGCUGCGGGAUCGUCGACAAAAGGGUGCUGGUGUGUUGUGAAGCACCAGAAAACAUCGUACCGGCCACAACAAACGCACCACCCGUACAGACGCAACCGCCACCCAGUGGACCCACGGGGAACAGAUUUUCGUACGAGGAACAGCUUCGGCUACUGCCCGCCGAAUGUGGCAUACAGUAUACGGAUCGCAUCAUCGGCGGUGAACGGGCACAGAUCGACGAAUAUCCCUGGGCCGCCCUGAUCCAGCAUCGCCGUAGAAAUGGUGAGCUCAAGUUCCACUGUGGUGGGGCAAUUAUUAACGAACGCUACGUGUUGACGGCGGCACAUUGUAUUGCAAACAUAAACCGAGCCUGGACACUGACUGCCGUCCGGUUAGGCGAGUGGGAUCUCGAAUCGGUUGAAGAUUGUAGCACAUCCCAUGGUGAAUUAAUUUGUGCCGAACCCGUCCAGGAUAUACCGAUCGAAAAGGUGCUAGUGCAUCCCGGCUACACCGUCAGUAAGACGUCGGUAAAGAACGAUAUUGCACAAAUACGGCUUGCCCGCUUGGUGCAGUUUAAUGACUACGUGCAGCCCAUCUGCUUACCGAUUGAACCCGCGGAGCGUACAAUGUCUUACGAUGGUAAGCGAUUCGUUGUAGCUGGUUGGGGUCAAACGGAAGAAGCAUUGCAAAGUCGCUACAAACUAUUCGUUGGUGUGGCUGGCGUUCCAGAGCAACAGUGCCGACAGCAGUAUCCGGAAGCCAAUAUCGAUCAGACGCAGGUGUGCGCGGGUGGUACUGCGAAUAAAGAUUCCUGCCGUGGUGAUUCCGGUGGACCGCUCAUGUACGUCGGGCAGCGCAACUCGGAAGGCGUACUGUAUCUUGGUGGUUUGGUUAGCUUUGGACGACAGUGCGGGCUUCAGGGCGUGCCGGGGGUAUACACACGAGUCAAUCAGUACAUUGAAUGGAUCGUUCAAAAUUUGGAACCAUAA